AUGUUAAUCAGUUAUAUAACAAUUUAUUUAUGGAAACGUUUUAAUUAUUUUAAUCAUCGACAAUCCAAAUCAUUGAAAACAAUACCGAUACCAUUAUUUUCUGAUCAGGCUAUAUUCGGUACGCCGAUAAUUCCACCGAUUGAAAUUCCCGUAUUCGAACCGAUUCGUAAUCCGGAUAAUAAUGGUAAUAAUGAUUUUCCAUCAAUAUCAACAUCAUCGACAUUAUUGCUCAAUACUGAUCAAUCAAAUUUCGGUAGUAGUAGUAGUAUUAGUAAUAGUAACAAUAAUGGUGGUAUUACAAGUAGCAGUGGCAUUAAUAAUGAUAGUAAUGAUAUUAGUUCAUAUGAACCAUUUGUUCCAUUCGAAAAUAUUAUCAAUAAUAAUAAUGAUAAUCCAAUAAUAAUGGCCGAAUCAAAAAAUCGUAAUCAGAAAAAAAUUCAACGACCAUUUUGGUUGGAUAUUGUUCAACCAAGAUUACGUAAUACGAUUAUUUCACCAUCAACAACAACAUUAAAUAUUCCAUCAUAUCAUCCAUUUUAUUGGAAUGAUUUAAACAUAAAAAUUGAGCCAAAUUUUUUCAAUUUUUCUGAUUGGAAACCACCAAUAUUGAAAACAAUCGAAAUGAAUAAUGAUAAUGAUGAAAUAUUGAUGAUUCCGAAACCAGAACAACUCAAGCAACAACCAAGAGAAUCACGAACAAUGGAUUUUAAACCAUUAAUUUUUGAUAUUCAACAGCCAAGUUCAAGCCAUUUAAAUCCAAUACGAAUUAGAAAUCAUUCAAUCAAUGAUAAUGUUGAUAUGUUACCGUUGGAGAAUAAAAUCCUAUACAAUGAUGAGGCCGAUGACAAUGAUCCAUCAUCAUCCUCAACAUCCGAUAUGAAACAUGAAGGAAAAAAUGAACAUUAUGCUGAUAAAGGACAUUUUAAACAUGGUUGGAAAAAUGUUUAUCAUAAAGAAGAAUGGGGUGAAGCAAAUAAAUAUCAUGAUAUUUGGAGGUAUAAAGAUUGGAAAAAUCGUUAUUAUAAUCAAAAAGAACAGAAUUCUACAAACAACGCUGAAUUGUUAAACAACAACAACCAUAACCAUAACCAUAAUAAUAAUGAAUCUGAUGAUGAUGAUGACAAUACGAAUGAAGAUGCGGAUGGUAAUUAGUGGCAAAAAAAGUGAAAACAAACAAACAAACAAAAAAUUUCCAUCGGGCAUCUAACAAACAAAAAACAAACAGCUUGAAAUAAUGAUGUGGAUGGUGAA